AUGUCGGGCGCCGAAGGCACAGAGGUCCCUAAGACCACCGAGGAGCAGCCGGUCACUUCGUCCGCCAUGUUCUCCAUGUUCGGCGGUGGUGCCAAGAAGGAGAAGAAGGACGACGACGAGGACCGUGGUGAUGUCUCCGGCAGCAACAAGGCACAGCGCGAGGCUGCAGCCGCUGCUGCGGCCGCCGGUGGCGAUGAUGACGACCAGGUCCCCGAGUCAGAGGAUGUCCACUUCGAGCCCGUUAUCCGGUUGACCGAGAAGGUCGAAGUCAAGACCAACGAAGAGGCGGAGGAGCAGACGUUCAAAAUGCGCGCCAAGUUGUUCAGAUUCGUCCGUGAAACCAGCGAGUGGAAGGAGCGCGGCACGGGUGACGUACGCCUGCUGAAGCACAAGGAAAACGGCAAGACUCGCCUAGUCAUGCGCCGGGACAAGACCCUCAAGGUCUGUGCCAACCACUACGUUUUGUCGGAUAUGCGCCUGUCGCCCAAUGUUGGCUCCGACCGCAGCUGGGUUUGGAACACCGCUGCUGAUGUGAGCGAGGGUGAGGCUGAGGCCAUGACGCUCGCCAUUCGUUUUGCCAACUCUGACAACGCCAACCAGUUCAAGGACGCGUUUAUCAAGGCCCAGAUUGAGAACGGUGCCCCCGCCGAGGCCUCCGGCGACGUCGACGACGAUGACGAAGAGGAGGCCAAGGAAGAUUCUAAGGAUGAGGCCAAGAAGGAGGAGAAGCAGGAGGUGCCAGCUGAGGCGGCCAAAGACGCAUAG